AUGGCGGUACCGUUCGGUGUUCGACGGCACCUUCCGCAGCCGCCGCAGGCUCUGGGCGGGGUUGCCACCUGUGACCGCCACCCCGAGCAGCCCUUCACGGGGUUCUGCUCCUCCUGCCUCCGCGAGCGGCUUGCCGGCCUCGACCCCGCCGCCGGCCUCCUCAAGCCCUCCUCGUCUUCCUCCUCCGCCGCCCCUUCCGUUUUCAAGUCCUUCUUCUCCCGACCCGCCGCCGGCGACUUCGCCGGAACUUCCGCCGCCACCGCCGCCAUCGCCGCCACCGCCGCCGCGGGGACCUCGUCCUCGUCGCUGCCGGAGUUCCGUCGAUGCAGAUCCUUUUCCGGGCCCGGAGGAGCCCCACCCGCCGCCGCCAUGGAGCCCAAGCGCAGGUCCUGCGAUGUCCGAGCCCGCAACACUCUCCGGUCGCUCUUUUACCUCGACGACGGGGAGAUCGGCUCCACCGUCAGAGCCAAUGACGUCGAGGCUCGGAGCAUAGGAUUAGUGCCCCCCCUCCCCGAGGAGGAGGACGAAGACGAGCAGGAGGAAGAUGAUUUCCAAGAUGCAGAAGACAUCAUCACUCCGACGAACGGGCAACUAGGCAGUAGAAUAGGCGACGAGAUAAGAGCAGUGCUGGCCGAGGAGGGUCUGAGGCCGAUGAAGGACCACAUCAAUCUCGAAGCCAAGAGCAAGGCGGCACCUGCCAGUGACCUCAAGGAGUUCCCCGGGAGCUUCUGGCUCGCUGCUUCCGUCUUCAGCAAGAAGCUCCAAAAAUGGCGGCGGACGCAGAGGGAAAAUGGCAGCAAGAAGCACGAGGGCAGUACCGCCAGCAAGGGCUCGUCGGCGGCCGUAGCAGCGGCGGCAGCGAGGUCCUCCUCCCGGUCCAAUCACUUCUUUCGGGAAACCCAGUCGGAGGUCGCCGAGGAUGCCCUGGGCCGGAGGUCCUGCGAGACUGAUCCCAGGCUGUCCCUCGACAAUGGCCGUAUCUCCUUCGAUGCCCCACGCUACUCGUUGGACGAGGCGAGGGUUUCUUGGGACGGCUACCUCGCCAGCGGGAGCCGGCCGGCACCUUCGCGGCCGCCGCCGAUGCUCUCCGUCACAGAGGACGUCCCCGCCGCCGCCCUCCGCCGAUCUGACAGGCAGAUUCCAGCGGAAAAGUGCUCCUUUAUUCCCGGCGGCACUGCCCAGACGAGAGAGUACUACUCCGAUUCCCUGUCGCAGCGCCGUCGCCGGAGCCUCGACCGGUCGAGCUCUGUGCGGCGUUCCUCCGUCGACGGGGCCGACGAUCUCCCGUUGAAGCCCACCGCUGGCUCCGUCGUCCGGAUAUCGCCCACCGCCGUGGCCAACGAGUACUUCCACCACCAUGUGAACAGGUUCGAGCGAGACGACGACGGCUCGGAAGCCUUGGAGUCCAGGUACGACGAAGAUCGCCUGCGAGGAAAAGAUCCCCCGAAGGGAUUUCGCCGAUGGGGCAGGAGUCUAUGGGGUCUCAUCCACCGGCGGGAGCACAGUAGAAGAUCGUUUGCAGGGAAAGAAGGGUUCGACCGGAGCAACAGUAGCGUGGGCUCGAGGCGUUCGAUGGAUUGCCACAGCGGCGGGGUAGGAUUGGACGACGCGAGGAAGAAGGGUGAAGCUGGGAAGGAGAGGAGGGAGGAGAAGCUGGAGCGCAGCCGUGUUGUCCGGCAAUCGCCGGGCCAUGCCGACGGCGGACUGCUCCGAUUCUACCUGACGCCUCUGGCCGGCAGUCGGCGGAGCAAAGGCCUCGGGAAGGGCUGGAGCGAGGGCUCCUCCCAUCAUUCUUUCGCAAGGGACUUGCUCAGGCUAUACUGA